AUGGCAAUUCUACAAACUCGAGUUGGACUCCCUUCUCUUCGGGUCUCCAGCCUGAAGCCUGUCCGUUUGGCCCGCAUCAGACAACCCCGAGCUCUCUAUACUCUCUCUUUAAAGAACGCUUUCCACCACAGAGCGUGCAAGCUCCCUCAAUCUCCUUUGACAACAAAGAAAUUGAGACUCCAGGUCCUCAGUCAUCGAUAUCCUUCCACCUCACUCCCGUACUCGACCAGUGCCAACCCAAACGCAGACCAGCUUAUCGAAGAGCUUCAAGACUUGUACGAAGCCGCGAAAGACGAGUUCGAAAUUGCAAUCGACAGCACCGACGGCUCAACUAUCUAUGCAGCUUCGGACCGCGAGUCUGCACGUGACGCGUUGAACCAGCUCUGCGCUGUAUACCACCUUUACACAGCCCGGCCUGGCGAGGACGCAGACACUGGAUCGCAUGCGGGAGCCAGUACUGGGAAGGUAUCCGGGGAGAGUGCUAUCGUGGAGACAAACUACAAUCCAGCGGAUAUCGCAAGUGAAGUGCGGGAUCAGGUGCGGAAGCGCAUUGGGCAGCGGAUUCGGGAGAUUAAGAAUGCAGUUGAGGUUUUGGAGGAGAGGGCUAAGGCUGACUGA